UUUUUGACAUUAAUGACAGAUUCUGUUAGCAAGCGAGUCAACUUGGUGCUGCAGAUUUACGUAACAGGCAAAUAUUGCACAUACAUCGCAAUUCCUGUAAGUUUUACACUUCAAAAUGUUGAGAGGCAUUGGUAAAAAGCAUAUGGAGAUGGCUGCUUCAUUCAUGACAUCUGCUGGAGGGUUUGGAGGAGCGGCGUUCGUCACACUCCUGUACUUUACUGACUGGAAAGUGUUCGUGGCCAACAUCCCCUUCUACAAUGGCAAGUUCAAAGGACUCGAAGAAGAAAAGUGAACUAAACUACCUAGGCUUUUUAAUUUAUGAGCUCUGUAAAUUAUAAUUUACCUACAUUAGCUGUAAGUAAUAUGAUAGUGAUCAGUUUCAACGUAAUAAAUAUUUGAACACA